GUAUUGGCGAAAGAGGAGGGUGGCGGCUUUAUGAGCCAAGAAAGUUCCAGAGACUGAGGAAUCUGAAAUUAUCAUAAACACAAACCCAAACUCAAUCCCAAAUUAUAUUUUAUCUAGUUAAUUUUUAAAAAUCAUAAGGAGAAGAAAAAAGAAAAGUAAAUUGUUUGGGUAGAGAGAAAAUAAUAAAAAUGGGAGAGGAAGAGAAGGAAACAGCAUCAAAUUACAGGUACUGGGUGAGGGAAACAAAAGCAGAUGCAGCUCCUCUUCCUCUUCCUAAGAAACUUUCUCCCAAUCACACUGAUCAUAAUCCCAAUCUUCCUACUCUCGGCUCUGUUUGGAAUAAGGCUGGUACUUGGGAAGAGAAAAACCUCAAUAAAUGGGCUUCUGAUAGGAUUAAGGAGCUUCUUGUGGCAAUUGGGUCCCUGGAGUUCUCUGCUGGCAAGGCAGAGAUUUCUGAGGUCUCUAAAUGUUAUGGUGAUGCCUUCUUGGUGACUGUGAGAAACAAGAAACGGGUUGGUUAUACUUAUGAGUUGACAUUGAAAAUAAAAGGAGAGUGGACUGUCAAAGAGGAGCAAAAGACAGUCAAGGCUCAUAUUGAUAUCCCAGAGUUCUCCUUUGGAGAGCUAGAUGAUUUACAGAUGGAAAUUCGCCUCAGCGAUGGGAAGGAUCUUCCCCAGCAGAUUAACCAGGACCUGAAGCUGUUUCUGCAGCCCAUUCGUGAAAAGUUGCUCCAGUUCGAGCAGGAACUCAAAGAUCGGUAGAGUUGUCGUGCAGGAACCUUUGGAACUUGAUUCCCGAUAUCAUUUGUUGUGUAACACUAUUUAGUAUUCAUUGUUACUUGUUAGCAUAUGAUUUUAUUUCAAUUACAUGUAGUGGAACAUAAGAUCAAGUAUGCAAAUGCUUUCUUGAUCAUGACUAUGAUACUAAUGGAUUUUGAACUUUUUGCUUGCCAUUAAA